UCUAUUGCUUGAUCAGAAAAAUACGAGGGUUCAAUUCGAUGGCACUGAGGGCGCGUUACACCACCGCUUCAACUUCAACUCUUCCUGCCUCAUUUUCGUUGUGCACGUCGUCAUCCAAUUUGUACUCUGCGUGCGCAUUGCGCCUACCGUUUACUGUAACAUUUACAAUAUAUUAAUCAUCAUCACUGCAGACGAUAGAUCAAUUUUUUUUUUUUUUUUGCACUCGGUACUUUUGUUUAGUAUAAAAUCAGAGACUUUCCGACACUGAAGUCUGAGAUUGAGGGAAGCUGGCAGUGACGCUCAACGCUGCAUUUCUGGGAAGUCAAGAGGUUUGUGAAUCAUUCUUCAAUUCGCCUCACAGAUCAAAGCGAGUCUUGUAAAUUGGAUAAGAAAGUUGUAUUGGGAGUAAUCUGAUAGAAGAUAGGAAUGUGGGGUCGCUCUGCGGUGUUAAGAACCGGAAAUUUCCGGCCUGAAAAUUUGGGCCAAAAUGCGUUGGCCAUGAUUGGGAAUGUAUGCUUCUCCAUGUUUGUUAUUGGAGUGUUAAUCUUUACGAUUAUUGCUGCUACUUAUGAACCUGAGGACCCCUUGUUUCAUCCUUCGACCAAGAUCACCAACUUCCUAACUUCCAAAUCCAAUGCCACCUUCAAAUCUGAUGACACUGUUGUUAAAACUGGAGAGGAUUUUAUGGCUACCAACGAAACUUCAUUUGGCACUGCCAUUAAUCUAACAGAUGUUAAUAACUCAGUUGAAUUCGAAAACAAAGAGGCUGUCUCAUCUGAUUGUGAUGUCAAUGCUCCUAUUGAUUGUAAGGACCCUGAGGUGUUCCAUUUGAUGAUGACGACCACUAUUGAAAAGUUUAAGGAUAUCCACUUUUACCGAUUUGGGAAACCUGUACGAGGGUCCGAUGAUCAUAAUUGUGAUAUGGCAUGGCGGUUCAGGCCAAAGGAAGGGAAAGCUGCAGCAUUUUAUAAGGAUUAUCGGAGGUUUGAGAUUUCUAGGUCCGAGAACUGUACACUUAGUAUUGUCAGCAUCGGGGAAUACCAUACAGGUGUAAAUGCAAGGAAGAGGAAGAAGAAUAAGAAAUCUGGGUCAAAGUCAGAGGAGAUGACCUCAAUGCCCGUUGUUGGAGAGAUUGUCAAUGAUAGCCUUCCUGUAGUUGAGUCUGAAAGUUCGUUUAGUCAUCAAAAGUACUUGAUCUAUGUGGGUGGCGGAGAUAGGUGCAAGAGUAUGAAUCAUUAUCUUUGGAGUUUCUUGUGUGCCCUUGGGGAAGCUCAAUACCUUAAUCGAACAUUGGUUAUGGAUUUGAGCAUAUGUCUUUCUUCAAUUUACACUUCAUCAAUGCAAAAUGAAGAGGGCAAGGAUUUCAGGUUUUACUUUGAUUUUGAGCAUUUGAAGGAGGCAGCCUCUGUAUUGGACCAGGGUCAGUUUUGGUUAGAUUGGAAUAAAUGGCAAAAGAAAGAUAUGUUGACACUUCAUCUUGUGGAGGAUUUUAGGGUCACCCCCAUGAAACUUGCAGAAGUGAAAGAUGCUUUGAUUAUGAGAAAGUUUGGUUCUGUAGAGCCAGAUAACUACUGGUAUAGGGUCUGUGAAGGAGAGACUGAAUCUGUUGUUCAAAGGCCAUGGCAUUUGAUAUGGAAAUCCAAGCGGUUGAUGGAAAUAGUGUCGGCAAUAGCAGCAAGGUUGAAUUGGGACUAUGACUCUGUUCAUAUUGUGAGAGGCGAAAAGGCAAGGAACAAGGAGCUUUGGCCUAAUCUAGAUGCAGAUACCUCUCCUGAUGCACUUCUCUCAACCUUGCGGGACAAGGUUGAUGAGGGAAGGAACCUCUAUGUUGCAACGAAUGAACUAGAUACAUCUUUCUUCGACCCUUUAAAAGAUAAGUAUGCCACUCAUUUUCUUGAUGAAUAUAGGGAUCUUUGGGAUGAAAAUAGCGAAUGGUACUCUGAGACAACAAAGCUUAAUAAUGGGGUUCCAGUAGAAUUUGAUGGUUACAUGAGAGUCUCUGUUGACACUGAAGUGUUCUUGAGGGGGAAAAAGCAGAUUGAAACUUUCAAUGAUUUGACCAAUGAUUGCAAGGACGGAAUCAAUACCUGUAGUGUCGCAACCAACUGAUUUCUGUGACAUUUGAGAUUAUUGUUUCAUACACUGGAAUAUCGUGCGUCUGUACUUUUAGCUGUUAGCUGUGUUGCAUUUGAUAUAUUGUAGCCUGUCUGUUCAAGUCUCUGUAGUAAAGAGUAAAAUCAUUCAGUUUUGUGUUGUAAGAGUAGUGCUUCCUCAGAAGUUAUGAACCCCCUUGAUUAAAAUUUGUUCUGUGCUUGAACCUUAUCUAUAUAAUCAGCCGUUGAUGGUUGAAGCAAUGCAACUUCUGUACUUUUAUUUA